CUCUGGCUUUCGACUCGCAAUGACGCAGGCGCGCGCAUUGUACGACUACGAAGGCGGCGAAGGCGAGCUGUCGUUCUUCACCGACAAUGUCAUCCAAGUCACUGACAAGGGAUCGGGCGACGGCUGGUGGAUGGGUGUCCUCAAUGGCCAGAUGGGUUACUUUCCUGAAAGCUACGUGAUGGAGCUGCCAUCGUCGCCGGCUGCUCGUGCAUUGCCAUCUCGUGCGCUGCCAGUGCCGACAGCUGCUGCUGCCGCUGAUGACGAGGAAAAUUGGGAUGACGACGACGCAGAGCCUGUGCCUGCAACUCGAGGAGCCACGCGAUCGACCUCCAACGCCUCCUCGGCUGGCUAUGGCACGGCUGCUCGCCGGGGCACCGUGCGGCGCAACCUCAACCGCUUCAGUGCGUUCGUGAAGACGGGUGGAGAAGCCUUCCUCAUGGCCGAGAGCAUUGACAAGGUGCCGUCAGACCUGGUCGUUCGUGUUGUUGCCGGUCCCCGUUGGCUGGAUGCUCCUCAGUAUUUUUCCGUGUCCGUAACCGAGCCCACCAAAAAGAGCAAGUUUCAUGGCGUCAAGAGCUUUAUUGCAUACAAUGUGAUGCCUUCGCACACUGGGGUUGCUGUCAGUCGUCGAUACAAGCACUUUGACUGGUUGUACGAGCGACUGACUGAAAAGUUUGCGUCGCUUUCUAUUCCUCCACUUCCCGACAAGUCCGCAAUGGGUCGGUAUGAAGAAGAAUUCAUCAAACUGCGCCAGCAGCAACUCCAGCGUUGGCUGACGCGGUUGGCGCGCCACCCAGUCAUUUCCCAGUGCGAGGCGCUGAACCACUUCUUGACCUGCAAUGGCGAAGAGAAGGAGUGGAAGGCGGGCAAGCGCAAGGCCGAGAAGGACGAAUGCAUUGGCGGGAAAUUCUUCAUGUGCAUUUCUGCUCCAGAUGGCAAUGUUCCCCCUGACGCUGACACGCAAGUCGAGUCCUUUGGCAAGUUUGUUCGUGGAAUGGAGAGGCGUAUGGACAAGGUUCGAGAAUGUGGAGAACGAUUCUCAUCGUUCAGUCAAGACAUUAAAACUGAAGUUCAGCGAGUAGGUCAUGCAUUUGGCGACCUCACCAGUGAUGACUGGAAGGAUGAAGGCCACCGUGAUGGCGUCUGGUGCUGGCGCCAGAACUGCCAAGCGUGCACUCCGCUCACCAAGGCCAUCGAGUUUACCAGCACAACCCUCAACGAGAUUGGACAGUCAUUCGCCGAUCAGCCCGCAAAAGACAUGACACCCUUGCUUGCCGACACGGCCGAAUACCUUGGAAUCCUUCCGACCUACCCCUCGAUUGUCGACACGCACACCUCGGCGUACAACCGGCUCAAGGAGACGACAAAGCUGCAAGAGCAAGGCAAAGCGGACGGAUCGGAUGUUGCGGCAGUCCAGCAGCGUUGCGAGGUCAUCUCGAACGUGACCUUGUCCGAAUUGGACCGCUUCCACACCGAGCGCAAUUUCGAUACCAAGCUCUCCAUGGAGACGUACCUCGCCAGCCAAAUCGAGUUUUAUCAGCAGAUUGUUGGCAAGCUGCAAAAUGCCCUGCAAAAGUUCCAAGAUAUUCCUCAAUAGUUGCGACAACCAACCGCAACUAUUUUGUUUUCAUUGAUUAUGCAUGCUUGUCGUGAACUUGGCACUUAUCCGAGGAAAAAAAAAAGGUCGUGACAUGUGUGUUCAAAGCGCGAUUUAUGCAAAAACCCCAGACAAACAAAACCAAC